ACACUUGUAGGACUAUACUUCCUGGCAAAAAAUAUGGGCUUUUCAGGACCGCAUUUUGGUAUUCUGAUUCUCAUGUACUUCAUUUUCUUCAGAAUUACAGAGGCAGAUCUCCUCCUCCGUUACUUCUGUUUAGAUGAAGGCAACUAUACUGCAAACAGUACCUACCAGGCAAAUCUUGAUCGGGUCCUUUCUUCUUUUCCCAACGCGGAAAACGAUUAUGGCUUCUACAAUAUGUCUGCGGGCAACGAUGUUAAGCCGAAUGAUUGUCUUAGUUGCAUAAGUGAUGCUACUAUUGAGCUCAAGACGCGAUGUCCUGGCCAGAAAGAAGCAAUUAUAUGGUUCGAUUAUUGCAUGUUUCGUUAUUCUCAUCGCUCCAUCUUCGGAAUCAUGGAAACUAGUAAUACUUUUUACAUGCGCAAUAACAAUAAUGUAUUACAAGAAGUGGAUGGAUUCAAUCGGGCGCUGAGUGGCUUGUUAACUAGUCUAAGAAUCAUAGCUGCAUCAGGUGAUUCCUUUCGCAAGUUUGCUGCAGCAAAUGCAACAGGUCCAGAUUUCCCAACAAUUUAUGCCCUUGUCCAAUGUACUCCUGAUUUGUCUGAGUCGGACUGUAACUAUUGCCUCGUCAGAAAUUUUGGAGAUAUACCACAUUGUUGCCAAGGGAAGAUGGGGGGCAGGGUCGUUGGGCCAAGCUGCAAUUUCAGGUUUGAGCUUGGGUGCUUCUAUGACCCCUCAGUGAGCACACCGGUUGCAUCUCCUCCCCCACCACCUGCAAUCCCAGCAUCUCCCCCACCACCAUCAGAAGGUAACAGCACAACUUCAGAGGGCAAGGGCAGCGCAUCUAAUAACACCGUCAUCAUAAUAGUUAUUUCAACCACCAUUCCUGCAAUUCUUAUUAUCUGCGUCUGCAUCUGCAUCUUUUUAAGAGGAAGAAAGUUAAAAAAGAAACUUGAAUCUGCGGAUGAAGCUGUCAGUGAGAUUGGAAGCGCUGACUCCUUGCAAUAUGGUUUUGGCACCAUUAGAGUUGCAACAAACAACUUCUCCAACGCCAAUAAGCUCGGACAAGGUGGCUUUGGUGCUGUUUAUAAGGGUACAUUUCCAAACGGACAAGAAGUAGCCGUAAAGAGAUUGUCAAAGGAAUCUUCACAAGGAGAAGUAGAAUUUAAGAAUGAGAUCCUGUUGUUGGCCAAGCUUCAGCAUAGGAAUUUGGUUAGACUCAUGGGUUUCUGCUAUGAACGAGAAGAAAGAGUUCUCAUUUAUGAGUUCAUGCCUAACUCAAGCCUCAGCAACUUCCUAUCGGAUUACACUAAGCGUGCACAAUUGGAUUGGGAAAAUCGAUACAAUAUUAUAUAUGGCAUAGCUCGAGGACUGACGUACUUGCUCGAAGAAUCUCAACAUCGAAUUAUUCAUCGUGAUCUCAAGACUAGUAACAUCCUGUUAGAUUCAGGAAUGAAUGCAAAAAUUUCGGAUUUUGGCAUGGCAAAGUUGUUUGCGACUGAUCAAACACGAGAGAACAUGAGCAAAAUCGUUGGGACCUAGUAAGUACUAAAAGUCGAACUAUUGUUUAUG